CAGAUGAUUUCCUGAUUCACCAUAGAGAUGACACACUUCCCUUAUGGCUAAAGUGACCCAAUGAAAGAAGAAAAUGAAAGGCAUUAAGAAAAGUCUUACAGAAGAAUACCUAUACUUGGACUUUUCUCACCAAAUAGAAGGAUGCAUCUUUCCUCUUCAUACAUCUGUAACUUUGUUUUUGUUGUCAUACUGUGACUGCAAAAUCUUUAAAGUUUGCUUAGUCCUCACUGGAGCAAGUACAGAUAUUUCAUUAAAAAAUGUAGUGCUCCAGGAUGUAGAACUACAAAUUAUUUCAAGACAAGAGCUUCCACCAAUAGUCCAGAAUUGCUGUUUACCUGCAGUAGUGGAAAAACCAGACAAUUUCUGUAGAGCAGGACUUGCUGUCGUACUGAGACACAUAAUCCAGAAAUCAUACGAAGCUGACCCUUCCAAGAAGGAAAUUUUGGAACUUUUGGGUUUUAAGAAGACUUGCUUGAAAGCCUGUGCUGAAGUUAGUCAGUGGACCAGGCUAUGCGAACUCACCAUCCCUUUAGCUAUUGAGAAUUUUCUCAAAGAAUCUUCUGACCAGCACCCAGCUAUCCCCGCGGAAAUACUACAGUUAGAGAAAAAGCUUAGGGAGCCCGUUAGAGUGCAUAAUGAUGACAAACUCCGUCGGCAGAAGCUGAAGCAACAGAAGGCUGCUGGGGUUGGGCCUUCCCUUGCUAAGGAAAAACCAAAGAGCAAGAUGCAUAGACAAGAACUGUCUGAAGAAUUGGACUCUUCAUCCGAGAGCCUGGAACUGAAGGUGGCAUUCUCAAAGCUCACAGUCUGCGAAGAACCAGCUACCACCAACAGGGAGCCUUCUCAUAUCAGAAAAGCAAAAGCCUCUGACCUUCCUCCUCUGGAGCAUGUGUUUGCAGAGGGCUUGUACUUCACUUUGGCAGAUAUUGUGCUCUUGCCCUGUAUCCAUCAUUUUUUGGUAAUUAUCUGCAAGAAACUUUCUGAAAAGCUGAUGGAAUUUCCACUGCUGGCUGCUUGGUACCAGAGGAUUCAGGAAGUGCCAAGAGUAAAAACAGCAGCUUCUCAGUGUGGGAUCCAGUUUCUCCAUUUACCAGAGUUGCUGACCACCUCAAAUGAACAAGAUUCAAACUUAAGUGAGGUUCCAGGUGUAGAGGAGCAAAAUGAUGCUUCAUUUAUAGGAGGACCAAGACCCACUAUGACCAAGUUAAUGGAAAAAGGCAUUGAAGUGAUGUUUUCUCCCCACCCUUGCCCUACUUGGACUCUUGAUUGGAAUAGUCUUCCUGCAGCAGUGAGCCCAAAGGAAGGUAAAAUGUCCAGUGAUCGAGCUUUGAGGAAGCAGCAGCAGUUAAACAACCUUGUUUAUGUCGUGGCAAAUCAGGCCAAACCUGGUGACAGAAUUGUGGAUUUCUGCAGUGGUGGGGGCCAUGUUGGAAUUGUCCUUGCUCACAUGCUGCCAUCGUGCCAGGUUACAUUAAUAGAAAACAAGGAAUUAUCAUUAAUUCGUGCUAAGAAGAGAAGUGAUGAACUAGGUUUAAGCAACAUUUGGUUCAUUCAAGCAAAUAUGGAGUAUUUUACAGGGAUGUUUAAUAUUGGGGUGGCACUGCAUGCUUGUGGAGUGGCAACAGACAUGGUGAUUGAGCACUGCAUCAAAACACGGGCUUCCUUUGUCACAUGCCCUUGCUGUUAUGGUUUCAUUCAGAACACCUCAAAGUUUAAUUUUCCCAAAAGUGAACAAUUCAAGAAAACUUUAUCAUACAAGGAACACAUGAUUCUGUGUAGAUUUGCGGAUCAGACAGCUGUCCAGCUUCCACCCCAACGAAGAUUUGUGGGAAAACAGUGCAUGUGCCUAGUGGAUCUGGAUCGAGCAAGAGCUGCAGAAGAACGUGGUUACUCAGUUCAAGUAAUAUCCAUGGAGCCAGAGAGCUGCUCUCCCAAAAAUAACAUGAUCGUGGGAGUCCCCAUUUAGAAGGAGAUAUUCACAUUCAUGUUUGGCCAUCCGUCUUCAUGAUGAAAACCCAGUGGCAUUUAGGAGGUUCUUGGCAUAACUAGAAAACAGCAUUAGCCAUAUUGAACUUAUUGUGCUCAGGAAGGAAAGCAGCAGGAAAAUCACGGAAGAAAGGCUGCCUGCAAAGCAUCACAAA